CUUAGUCAACUCAAGUUGAGUCACUCAGUCGAAAUUUACGCGCCAUUUUUUCAAAAUUAAACAAUAAAAAAAAUGGAAAACAUUUACAAAAUCGUCAUUAUGGAAUCGGGUCCGGGACGUCUGUUCGUUCAUCCGAAAUCAAGCAGGGACUUGAGCCAGGACUUGGUUGCGAGACGUAAACGGUCCAAAAAGUGUUUGUUCGGAAAGGCCGAUCCAGAGGACACCAGACGGAUGUUGGAGGAGCAAUACGCUCUGGAUCAGGAGAGAUUCAUGACCCGGUUCGGGUUUGACGUGGAAACGAUCGAGGAGUUGGAGAGGAGUAAAGAUGACGUGAAGGAGAACGUCGCGGAGAAGAAGAAGUGUCCGGGGAGGAAGAUCCUGAAGGCGAGGAGGAAGAUGACGUUCGGGAGGGUGCAACCGAACCAAGGGCAGCAGUUUAUUACCGAUUUCUAUCAGGCGAGGAAAUCCAGCUCCGCACUAGUGCUAGAGAAGAAAAUCAACGGUGUCCAAGACGAGAAUGUUGCUCCCCUUAUUGAAGACCAACAACUGUAGGUUAAUUAAUAGGUAGUAAUAAUGUAAAAAAGACUGUAAAUAGUUUUAUAAUUUAUUUUUAUAAUUUUUUUUUAUAUAAAUUAUCAUACGGCUCGAUGCCAAAGCUUAUACAUAGAUAGUUCGCUUUUUUUAUGACGAUUGUAUAUAGAGUGCCGUCCAACGGGGUUUUCUUGCAACUGAGACGAGGUUUUUCUGCUCUAAAAAGUGAUAUUUUCUCACCGCAUGAAGCAAGAUUAGAUGCGACAUUUAUUGCGCAACAUGGCUUUUGCUAGUAAAAUUUUAGUCAGAGAAUACAAGACAAGAAAAUUUCAAUUUUUCAAAUGCAUCAUAAAAUUGUUAUUGGUUGCGCAACAUUAUGUCAAGGAAACGAGGGCUAAUUUCAAAAUCAGCAUCAAAAAAAAAUAGAAGCGACAUUUAUGGCGAAACAUUUUGCUAAUGAAGCUUUAGGCAGAAGGUAUAAGACAAUUUAUUUUUAAUUUUCAUUUUUUCAAAAUCAUAACAAAGUUGUGGUUUGUUGCGCGACAUUAUUUUGUCAGGACAGCGAGGUCUAAUUUAAAAAUUUAUUUUUUUAUGAUUUCUAGGUCGAAAAAAAAUAAAAGCAACGUUUAUUGCGACACAAUGUCUUUGCUAAAGAUAAUUUAGUCUGGGGGUACAAACCAAGAAAAUGAACAAAAAAAAAACAAUUUUUCAAAUGCAUAGCAAAAUGGUAAUUUGUUGCGCAACAUUAUGUGAGGGAAAGGAGGGCUAAUUUAAAAAUCAAUUUUUUUAAUGAUUUUUUCGUUGAAAAAAAAAUAUAACCGACAUUUAUUGCGCAACAUAACUUUUACUAGUGAAACUUUAGUCAGAGGAUGCAAGACAAGAAAAUUUCAAUUUAUAAAAUGCAAAGCAAAAUGGUGAUUUGUUGUGAAGUAGUCUGUCAGAGAAGCGAAAACUAAUUUAAAAAUCUAAUUUUUUAAUGAUUUUUAAGUCGACAAAAAAAAUUAAAGAGUUAUUUAUUGCGCAACAUUUUUUUUCUAAUAAUAUUUUAAUUCAGAGGUAAAAGACAUGAAAAUUCAAAAAAAAUAUUUUUUUCAAAUGCAUAAGAAAUCAGUGAUUUGUUGCGCAACAGUAUGUCUAUGGAACGAGUGCUAAUUAAAAAAUCCAACUUUAAUAAUGAUUUUUACUUUAAAAAAAAAUAUAACCGACAUUUGUUGCGCAACAUGACUUUUACUAGUGAAGCUUUAGUCCGAGGGUACAGGACAAGAAUUUUUUUUUUUAAUUUAAUUUUUCAAAUGCAUAUGCUGCAGAUGAGAAUUAAAAAAAAUAUUUUUUUCAAAUUUAUAAGAAAACAAUGAUUUGUUGCGCAACGUCAUGUCGAAGCAACGAGGGCUAAUUAAAAAAUCCAACUUUAAUAAUGAUUUUUACUUAAAAAAAAAAUAUUACCGACAUUUGUUGCGCAACAUGACAUUUACUAGUGAAGCUUUAGUCCGAGGGUACAGGACAAGAUUUUUUUUUUUAAAUUAAUUUUUUAAAUGCAUAUGCUGUAGAUAAGAAUUAAAAAAAAUAUUUUUUUCAAAUUCAUAAGAAAACAAUGAUUUGUUGCGCAACGUCAUGUCGAAGCAACGAGGGCUAAUUAAAAAAUCCAACUUUAAUAAUGAUUUUUACUUAAAAAAAAAAUAUAACCGACAUUUGUUGCGCAACAUGACUUUUACUAGUGAAACUUUAGUCCGAGAAUACUAGGCAAGAAAAUUUUUAAAAUUUCAAUUUUUCACAUGCAUGUGAUUGGUUGCGCAACAUAAUGUCAAUGGAGCGAAGACUAAUUUAAAAAUCUAAUUUUUUAAUUAAGACAUUUAUUGAGCAAAAUUUUUUUUUCUAAUAUUAUUUCAGUUCAGAGGUUGAAAAAAUUUCAUUUUUUCAAAUUCAUAAAAAAAAGGCGAUUUGUUGCAACAUUAUUAAAAAAAAUAAAUUCAUAAGAAAACAGUGAUUUGUUGCGCAACAUCAUGUCGAAGGAACGAGGGAUAAUUUAAGAAUUUAAUUUUUUAUGAUUUUUAAGGCGAAAAGAAAAAGAUAAGCGACAUUUAUUGUGCAACAUUGCUUUUAUUAGCGAAACUUUAGUCCGAGGGUAGAAGACAUGAGAAUUAAAAAAAAAUUUUUUUUUCAAAUUCAUAAGAAAACAAUGAUUUGUUGCGCAACAUCCUGUCGAAGGAACGAGGGCUAAUUUAAAAAUUUAAUUUAAAUGUUGAUUUUUAAGUCGAAAAAAAAAUAGAACCGACAUUUAUUGCGAAACAUGACUUUUACUAGUGAAACUUUAGUCCGAGAAUAUAAAGCAAGAAAAUUUAAAAAAAUUCAAUUUUUCAAAUGCAUGUGAUUAGUUGCGCAACAUAAUGGAGCGAGGACUAAUUUAAAAAUCUAAUUUUUUAAUGAUUUUUAAGUCAACAAAAAAAUUGAAGAGACAUUUAUUGCACAGCAUUUUUUUUCUAAUAAUAUUUGAGUUCAGAGGUUGAAAAAUUUCAUUUUUUCAAAUUCAUAAAAAAAUGGCGAUUUGUUGCACAUUAUUAAAAAAAAAAAUUUUUUUCAAAUUCAUUAGAAAACAGUGAUUUGUUGCGCAACAUCAUGUCGAAAGAACGAGGGCUAAUUUAAAAAUUCAAUUUUAAUGAUGAUUUUUGAGUCGAAAAUAAAAUAGAACCGACAUUUAUUGCGCAACAUGACUUUUACUAGUGAAACUUUAGUCCGAAAAUACAAGGCAAGAAAAUUUUAAUAAUUUAAAUUUUUCAAAUGCAUGUGAUUAGUUGCGCAACAUAAUGUCAAUGGAGCGAUGACUAAUUGAAAAAUCUAUUUUUUUAAUGAUUUUUAAGUCGACAAAACAAAUUGAAGACAUUUAUUGCGCAACAUUUUUUUUUCUAAUAAUUUCAAGAAAAUUUUUAAAAAUUUAAUUUUUUCAAAUUCAUAAAAAAUGAUGAUUUGUUGCACAACAUUAUAUCAGGAGAGCAAGGUCUAAUUUAAAAAGUUAUUUUCUUACGAUUUUUAAGUCGAAAAAAAAAAUAAAAGCAACAUUUAUUGUGCAACAUUGCUUUUAUUAGCGAAACUUUAGUCCGAGGGUAGAAUGCUUGAAAAUUAAAACAAAAUAUUAUUUUUUCAAAUUUAUAAGAAAACAAUGAUUUGUUGCGCAACAUCAUGUCGAAGGAACGAGGGCUAAUUUAAAAAUUUAAUUUUAAUGAUGAUUUUUGAGUCACUUUUCUAAUAUUUUAAUUCAGAAAUCUUUAAAAAAAUAUUUUUUUUUAAAUUCAUAUAAAAUGGCGGUUUGUUGCACAACAUUAUAUCGGGAGAGCAAGGUCUAAUUUAAAAAUUUAAUUUUUUAUGAUUUCUCAGUCAAAAAAAAAAAUAAAAGCGACAUUUAUAGUGCAACAUUGCUUUUACUAACGAAACAUUAGUCGGAGGGUAAAAGACAUGAAAAUUUAAAAAAAAUAUUUUUUUCAAAUGCAUAAGAAAACAGUGAUUUGUUGCGCAACAUUCUGUCAAAGGAACGAGGGCUAAUUUAAAAAUCCAAUUUUAAUAAUGAUUUUUACGUUAAAAAAAAUAUAACCGACAUUUAUUACGCAACAUGACUUUUACUAGUGAAACUUUAACCCGAGAGUACUGAACAAGAAAAGUUUUAAUUAAAUGCAAUUUUUCAAAUGCAUGUGAUUAGUUGCGCAACAUAAUGUCAAUGGAGCUAAGACUAAUUGAAAAUUCUAUUUUUUUAAUAAUUUUUAAGUCGACAAAAAAAAAUUAAAGAAAAAUUCAUUGCGCAACAUUUUUUUUCCAAUAAUAUUUUAGUGCAGACAAGAAAAUUGUUAAAAAUUUAAUUUUUUCAAAUUCAUAAAAAAAUGGCGGUUUGUUGCACAACAUUAUUUCAGGAGAGCAAGGUUUAAUUUAAAAAUUUAAUUUUUUAUAAUUUUUAAAUUGAAAAAAAAUAAAAACGACAUUUAUUGCGCAACAUCGCUUUUACUAACGAAACUUUAGUCCGAGGGUAAAAGACAUGAAAAUAAAAAAAAAUAUUUUUUUCAAAUUCAUAAGAAAAUAGUGAUUUGUUGCGCAACAUUAUGUCAAAGGAACGAAAGCUAAUUUAAAAAUCCAAUUUUAAUAAUGAUUUUUACGUUAAAAAAAAUAGAACCGACGUUUAUUGCGCAACAUGACUUUUGCCAGUGAAACUUUAGCCCGAGAGUACUGAACAAGAAAAUUUCUAAUUAAAUGCAAUUUUUCAAAUGCAUGUGAUUAGUUGCGCAACACAAUGUCAAAAGAGCGUAGCCUAAUUUAAAAAUCUCCUUUUUUUAUGAUUUCCAAGUCGUAAAAAAAUCACCUGCAAGAAAACAAAAUCCGAUGAGCGGUUUUAUUGUAAAUUAUGUAAGAAGUUGCUACCGCAAUAGAUUCUAGUCUGUCCUUUGUAAAUAAAUGUACGUAGAUUUUCUACAAAUUGUUGUACAUUUUGUAUUAUAUAGUCAGUGAUAUUUGUAUUUAUUCUAUAGUUUUUUUAAUAAAUAAAUACAGAUUUA